AGUCUGCAGGUGUUCAGCAUGCAGCCAACUGAAUAAAAAGGAAUGUUUGCACCUCCCGGGCAUACCUGCCUAUCAUCACCUCCUCCUCCGGUCGGCUUCUAACUCGAUCCGCCAUGUUCCGAAGCCUGCUCUUCGUCAUCCUGUGGGGAGUAGCGGGGUCCAACAUCAGCCCGGCUCUGGAUGGACACUGGGAGCUGUGGAAGAAGGCCCACAAUAAAGCUUACUCACAUCAGGUGGAGGAGUCAGGUCGGAGGCGGAUUUGGGAAGAGAACCUGCAGAUGAUUAACGUCCACAAUCUGGAAGCCACCCUGGGCCUGCACAACUAUGAGCUGGCCAUGAACCACCUGGGAGACCUGACCAAAGAGGAGGUGAGCGGCACAUUCACUGGUAUGGUGGUGCCGUCUGACCUGGAGAGGAUCCAACUGAAUUUUAAUUGGGUGCAAAGCGUGCCGUCAUCGGUGGACUGGAGGAAGCAUGGACUGGUGACUGAAGUCAAAACGCAGGGUCAUUGCGGCUCCUGCUGGGCCUUCAGUGCUGUGGGGGCGUUGGAGGGCCAGCUGAAGAAGAGAACGGGUAAACUGAUGUCACUGAGCCCCCAGAACCUAGUGGACUGCUCACUGGACUUCGGCAACCACGGCUGCCACGGCGGCUUCAUGACCAACGCCUUCCACUACGUCAAAAAGAACGGCGGCAUCGACUCGGACUGGGCCUACCCUUACACGGCCAAGCGUGGAGAGUGCAUGUACAAGCCCGAGGAUCGGGCUGCCAACUGCUCAGGUUACUCGUUCGUCCCCAAAGGAGAUGAAAACGCCCUGAAGGUGGCCCUCGCCAACGUGGGCCCCAUCUCGGUGGCCAUUGAUGCUUCUCACUCUCAUUUCCACUUCUACCGCCACGGAGUCUACGAGGACCAUGCAUGUAGCCACAAAGUGAACCACGGCGUGCUAGCUGUGGGAUAUGGCACAGAAAAAGGAAGAGACUACUGGCUGAUCAAGAACAGCUGGGGUGUGAAAUUCGGUGACAAAGGUUACAUCAAGAUGGCUCGCAACAAACGGAACCAGUGCGGCAUCGCACUCAAUGCCUGCUUCCCGAUCAUGUGACCUUAUUCUGUAUGACAUUUAAGCUUGUUUUAAGAAUUCAAAAUAAAGUAUUUGUAUAUGAAGUUUUUUUUUUUUUUUUUUUACAAUUUAGUGAAACCAUAUGCACAGAAAUACUCUAUUCACAAAAAAAUGACAUCACCUUUUCACAUCAGCAUCACCAAUAUAUUCAGAUUCAAAUACUGAAAUCACCAAGAAUUCAUUUUGCAUUUACAAAACAAAGACAACACGCCAUAAAAUUUGCGU